GCAGCCCUGACGCCAUCCAGAAGAAAGACUGGGACGCAACGCCGGCCUGACAGGUGGAUUCUUGUUCGCUGCAGAGCUGGAGAUUCCAGCCGCCCUUCCGUCCGUCUCCGAAAACCUGCAGCCAGCUCCCGUGGAUCCAGGAAUGCCCUCAGCCAACAGGCCGGAGAAGGUCACCCUGGCAAAUAAAAUCCUCAAGCAGUUGCCCCUGGCCAGUAAGACUGCAGUUUGGGGGACUUUGGGGACCAUCCGGCCCCUCCUGAGUUUUGAAGUGGAGCGUGAUGUCCAGACUCUCCUCGAUGCCAUCGCUGGUGAAGCCGUGGACUAUGGAACCAUCAUCCACGUGCUCACCAACAGGACCAAUGGACAGAGGCAGCAGAUUGCCAAAGGCUUCCAGGCAUUCACUCAACAGGACCUGCUGAAGACCCUGCAAGCUGCCGUGUCUGGGAAUCUGGAGACAGCUGUGGUGGGGCUGAUGAAACCAGCAGCCCAGUUUGAUGCUCAUGAGAUCAAAAUGGCCAUGAAGGGUUCAGACGGAGCCACGCUGGCCGAAAUCCUUUGCACUCGGACUACCCAGCAGCUCCGGGAAAUCUUGGAUUUUUAUAAGCACGAUUUUAAAUCGGACCUAGAGGCGGACCUUGUGUUCCGAAGCAGCGGCUGUUUUAGAGAUCUCCUGCUCACCCUGCUGAAGACCAGCCGAGAGAGAUACUCUGGGGUCAUUGACUACGUCCUGAUUGAGCAAGAUACCAAGGCUCUGGUGAAUGCAGGCAGCAGCCCAGCCAGGCUGGAUGAGAAUAAAUGGGUCAGAAUCCUCACCCAGCGCAGCCCUGAACAUCUAAACAGAGUGUUCAGCUUGUACCACAAGAUAACUGGGCUCCAGAUGGAGGACACGGUGGCAAAAGUAUUCCAGGGUAAUGCCCAAGUUGCUGUCUUGACACUGGUCUCGGUCCUGCGGAACACCCCGCUUUAUUUUGCCGCCAGACUCCGCCAAGCGAUUAAGGGUCCGGUUGCCGUCCACAAAACUCUGAUUCGCAUCCUGAUUUCCCGUAGCGAGACCGACCUCCUCAGCAUACGAGCCGAGUUCAAGAAGCACUACGGGAUUUCCCUCUAUUCGUUCAUCCAGGCUGAAACGCAAGGCAAUUACCAGGCGAUCUUGUUGGGACUGUGCAAGGCGGAAGAUCUGUAAAGUUCUCUCUGGUGAAGAUCUUCACUGGGCAGUCUAUCUCUGAAUACCUAGGGAAACUAUUCUCCCCUUUGCAACACCUGCAAUUUAUGCCAGCUUUGGCCACGAAAGAUGACGUGGGGUGUGUGCCAACGAAGUCCCCCACAGCAAUCCGGAUUGGCCGCUUGUGCCGAUUCUUUUGUGCUCUCAGCAGUCGAGCUUUUCACGAGUUUGAAAAACUGAAUCGAGGACAGGCACAGCUGAGCUUCUUCCAAGUCUCUUGCUGCUGCCAAUCUAGAUCGGUGCAAAAGGGGACUAUCAGUUUUUAGGGGGGGGGGGCGGUGUAGAAUUUUUGUGGAGAGUGUUGAAAAAAUAUCCCCCCCCCCCUGGCUGCCCCCUCAAUUGUGCUUUCUCCGGUUUUCCCUGCUGGUUUUCUUCUCGGCCUCCUUUUAACCCCUUCUUUCUUUUACUAUCCUUGAAUGGUCCCAGCCAAUCAGGGAUCUUAGCAUCAUGGUCUCCUCAGGCUGGGGAGCCAAACUGUGGCCACAUCACUUAGGGAAAACAGAGCGACUCAAUUUGGCUGUUCUGUACCAGGACAGAAGGCCCCUCCUCGUAUCCACACACAAAAAAUUGUGUGCCUGUUUUUGCCAUCAAGUCACAACUGACUUGUGGUGACCCUGUGUAGUUUUCAAGGUAAGAUACAUUCAGGGUGGUUUGCCAUUGCU